AUGAUGUUAUUUUGUUAGCGUCAUUGCUCUACAAAACUUCGAGUUUUCUCUCUCUAAGCAAUUCCAUGGCUAGCACAAACAACACAACCACAUCGGUGGCUGGUAAUGUUUCGGGCAAAUGGACUUUUGUGUCUGUAUUCACCCUGGCAAGCAUGAUCUCUGUAUUCAUCACCAACGUUCCCGUAACGUUGCAGAUACUGUGCAGGCCGCGUCUUAGAACGCCGUUUAAUAUCUACUUGAUAAAUUUACUCCUGGCCAAUAUCCUUCAAGUGUUCUUGCAGAAUCCCUUGGCGAUUCUUGAAUCCAUAUAUUCCCGUUGGUGGAUGGGUCGAACAGCUUGCAAUCUGUACAUUUACGCGUAUUAUGUGCUGGCCGGGGUCAUCAUGCUCUCGCACCUGCUAAUCGCAAUUAACAGAGUAUGGGCGGUGACCUUUCCCGUCCACUAUCGCCACCACCACUCAAAAUCUGUAGCGAUUAGUAUCUGUGUGGCUUCCUGGAUCUGGAAUCACAUACUUCUGCUACCGGGAAUAAUCAGCGAUGCUUUGUUUUAUCGGCGUCCCAUUGAAAAGGUCGGAUGUGAGUUGAACAAAGCAGCUCAACCGGUGUGGUCGAUGACUGUGCACUGGGUGGUGUAUGUUGCGCCCACACUGUUGAUUCUCCUUUCCUUUCCUUAUGUAACCAUAAAACGGGCACGCCGAAGGCGCGGAGUGGUGGGCGUGCGUGUGGCAGCGCAGGGAACUGAUCAAGGUAAGUAUGACAAAACGGCGAAACUUGAGCUAAGCUCACCGGAAGCCAAUAAUGAAAUUAUGGAUAUUGUUGACGAGUCAGGAUUUGCCAAGAAACGGUCUCAAGGAAUGCUGAUUUGCUUUGCACUUUUUGCAUGUCAAGCGGCUAUUGAUCCGUUACUGUUCGCAUUCGCCAUAAAAGAUCUGCGGCUUUCAUUUACCAACCAAACGUGCUCUGUGAAACAGACUGCCUGAAUGACCUUUCCAUGUUUCUGCUUUUGCUUAAGGCACGAAGAAUUCAUUAUAUCUGUACGUACCUUUGCUGUGCAACAUCGCUAAAA